AUGAAUUCUCUUAUUUUUAUUUUUCUUGUGGUCCUAGCUCCUCAUGUUGUUCUUUCUAGAGGAAUUAGGAGAACUGAAGAAAUAACAUUAUUUGAUCAAAAUUACAAGGUUACAUGGGGUGCCAAUCAUGUUAUAAACCAAGGAAAAGAAGUUCAACUCAAUAUGGAUAACUCAUCAGGAUCAGGCUUUGCAUCUAAGAUAAAUUAUGGUUCUGGAUUUUUUCAUUUGAAGAUCAAAGUACCAGGUAGAAACUCUGCAGGUGUUGUCACAGCUUAUUACUUAAUAUCAGAAGGAAAUAAUCACGACGAAUUAGACUUUGAAUUUUUGGGCAAUAGUGAAGGGAAGUCAUAUUCAUUACAGACUAAUGUAUGGACAAAUGGUGAAGGGGGUAGAGAACAAAGAAUUCAACUUUGGUUUGAUCCCACAUCUAAUUUCUAUGAGUACAAAAUUCUUUGGAAUCAACAUCAAAUUGUAUUUUAUGUGGACAAUAUCCCUAUAAGGAUAUACAAGAACAAUAGCAAUAUUGGAGUUGGCUACCCAACAAAAGCUAUGCAAAUACAAGCAAGUUUGUGGAAUGGUGAAAAUUGGGCAACAGAUGGAGGUCAAACAAAAAUAAAUUGGACAUAUGCACCUUUCAAAGCAAAUUUUCAAGGAUUUGAUGUUAGUGGAUGUCAAAGUCAAACCCUAAUUGAUUCAAAUUGUGUUUCUGAUCAUUUUUGGUGGAAUAACAAAACUUUUUGGCAAUUGGAUUCUACAUCACAAAGGCAAUAUGAAGAUGUAAAAGUAAAAUAUGUGACAUAUGAUUAUUGUAAAGAUAGACAAAGGUAUCCUACAUCUCCUAUAGAGUGCUUACAUUGA